AUGGGGGAUCGAGGCCAAGCCCCUAGUCCCCGGUCCCCCCAUGGCAGCCCCCCAGCUCUAAGCACCCUCACUCUCCUGCUGCUCCUCUGUGGACAGGCUCACUCCCAGUGCAAGAUCCUCCGCUGCAAUGCCGAGUACGUCUCGUCCACUCUGAGCCUUCGGGAAGGGGGCUCAUCGGGCUCGCCGCGUGGAGGCGGCCGUGGUGGGCUGGCCUCGGGUGGCUUGUGUCGCGCCCUGCGCUCCUAUGCGCUCUGCACUCGGCGCACGGCCCGCACCUGCCGCGGGGACCUCGCCUUCCACUCGGCGGUGCACGGCAUCGAGGACCUCAUGAUCCAGCACAACUGCUCCCGCCAGGGCCCCACGGCCCCGCCCCCGGCCCGGGGCCCCGCCCUUCCCGGAGCUGGCCCCGCCCCCCCGGCCCCGGACCCCUGCGACUACGAGGCCCGGUUUUCCCGGCUGCACGGACGGGCCCCGGGCUUCCUGCAUUGCGCCUCCUUCGGGGACCCCCACGUGCGCAGCUUCCACCACCACUUUCACACAUGCCGUGUCCAAGGAGCCUGGCCCCUGCUGGAUAACGACUUCCUUUUUGUCCAGGCCACCAGCUCCCCCGUGGCAUCGGGGGCCAACGCUACCACCACCCGGAAGAUCACCGUCAUAUUUAAGAACAUGCAGGAAUGCAUUGACCAGAAGGUCUACCAGGCCGAGGUGGACAAUCUUCCUGCGGCCUUUGAAGACGGCUCUGUCAACGGAGGCGACAGACCCGGGGGCUCGAGUCUGUCCGUUCGGACUGCUAACCCCGGGAGCCAUGUGGAGAUCCGAGCCGCCUACAUUGGGACGACUAUAAUCAUUCGACAGACAGCUGGACAGCUCUCCUUCUCCAUCAGGGUCGCCGAGGACGUGGCGCGGGCCUUCUCCGCUGAGCAGGACCUACAGCUGUGUGUCGGGGGAUGCCCGCCGAGUCAGCGACUCUCUCGCUCGGAGCGCAACCGGCGCGGGGCUAUAGCCGUAGACACUGCCAGAAGGCUGUGUAAGGAGGGCCUUCCCGUUGAAGACGCCUACUUCCAAUCCUGCGUCUUUGAUGUUUCAGUCUCUGGUGACCCCAACUUUACUGUGGCAGCCCAGACAGCUCUGGAUGAUGCCCGAGUCUUCUUGCCGGAUUUAGAGAAAUUACAUCUUUUCCCCUCAGAUGCGGGGCCUCCUCUCUCCCCAGCCACCUUCCUACUGCCGUUUCUUUCAGGCCCCUUUGUUCUGUGGCUUGGCAUUCAGUAAGUAGGCCAGCAGCCCCGUGACUAGCUUGGAAAUGAUCUGAGGGUGGAGGUUGGUGUGAGAAGACACAAAGAUGUGCGGAAGGAAAUUAGUGGGGACGGGGAGAUACAGGAGACAGUGACAGCCCCCUGGAGUCAGAUGAGGCUGUAAUCCAGGGCUGAAAUGAUCCUAGAACAAGGAUUCUGGGCCAGGGUUUUGCAUUCCAGGCCUUGGUAGGGGGUCUUCACCAUGAAUUUCCCGGUCCCGUCUGUAGUAAGCUGAUUAUUCCACUCCACAUACACCUGGUGUCACUCCUGCAAGCCUAGAGACUGUAGAGUGCUAAUGGCCAGCAAAACAUUGAAGGGCUGAGCGCUCUUAAAGGUGAGAGCUAAGAAAAGGAAGACGUGAUUAUCUAUAAGAAAGUGGAAAGAGGAGAAAAUAAUUAGGGGAAGUUUUUGGGUUCAGAAAUGAAGCAGGCAUUGUCUAGCUCUCAGACAAGGGAAGUCAGCUUUUGGAGACUAGUGCCAAUACAGAAACUGGCAUCCCCACCCCUUACUAAUCCAUUAUUAAAGCUCUAAAUUCCCCACACUGUCCUCUGUCACCUGUGUUGAAUCCCCUUACAGAUGUGUGACAUGGAAUUGAGACAAUGUGUUCACUUCCACUGAAAGAAGUCUCAGAGUUCUCAGCCAUUGGAUCUGCCCUUUUGGAGUUCACAGGUUAUUAUGAGACAAAACUGAUUCACAGGAGGGAAUCAUGAGUAGUAGUAUUAUUUAUUAUUAUCAUCAUUUGUUUUUUUUAUUUUCCAUGGAGCCUCAUGUAGCCCAGGCUGGCCUCGAACUGCUGGUCUGACUGUCCGUACUCCUCAAGGGCUGGAGCUGAAGUGCACCUAUGUCCCGGAGCGUGUAAUUCCUCACCCAAUUCUAUGGCCUUUGGAUUCAUGUGGGGAGAUGGUGGUUGAGAACCAGAGUACUGAGCAGUAAUGAAAGACACAGAGACGGCAUGUGAGCUGUGCAGGGUCUGAACAGUUCAGGGCUUUGCAGGAAGUGAAAACCGUGGGGAGUUAUCCACAGAGUCACCAGUAGCGAGGAAACGAGUGGAACUCAGAGGACAAGCAUGGAGUCACGAGAGAGAAGGCCUAGAUAGGCUGAAGGAAUUACAGAGCGCCACGGGAGUGGGGCCGCAGAGUUCAAACUGAUCACGAACAUUUAUUUAGAACUUAAAAUCUGCCAGGCAAUGUUAUCAACACUUAAAAAAAAUGUGCAAUAGGGACUGGAGAGAUGGCUCAGUGAUUAAGAGCACUAACUGCUCUUCCAAAGGUCCUGAGUUCUGUUCCUAGCAACCACAUGGUGGCUCACAACCACCCAUAAUGAGAUCUGGUGCCCUCUUCUGGCCUGCAGGGAUACAUGCAGGCAGAAUACUGUAUACAUAAUAAUAAAAAUAAAUAAAUCUUAAAAAGAAAAAAGAAAAAAUGUGCAAUAAAGUUAUAAACACAUCAAAGAUGUAUGGAGCUGGAGAGAUGGCUCAGCAGUUGAGAGAACUUUCUGUUCUUACAGAGAGCUCAGAUUCUGUUCCCACCCACAGUGCUAACAAUGGCCUACGACUCCAGCUCCAGGGCAUCUGACAUAUGUUCAGGCCUCCUUAGCACAUGGUGCACACAAAUUCAUGCAGGCACACACAUACACAUACAUUUUUUAAGAUCUUAAAUAUGUAUUUAUGCAUUAAGGACUAGGCAGUAGCUCAGUAAUAGAGCACUGGAGGAGCAGGCACAAGGGCCUGGGUUUGAUCGCUAGUACUGCAAAAUAAUAAUAACAAUAAUAACAAUUCUUUUAGCUUUCUGUGGUGGCACAUUCCAGUAAUCUCAGCACUCAGAAAGUGGAAGCAGAAGGAUCGGGAGUUCAAGGUCAUCCUUAGCUAUAUAGGAAGUUCAAAGCCAGCCUGGGCUAUGUGAAAUCCUGUUUCAACCUUCCUUCUCAAAACUAAACUAAGUAAUGGUGCUUAUUAUUCAUAACUCUCUAAGAAAGACAGUAUUCUUCUAUCUGUAUUUAUCACUCCAUACACAGACAGAAAUGGAGCGAUCAAAGGCAUGCACCAUCACACCCAGCUCAGAAACCUAACUCUUAACCACUCCAGCAUAUUGCUGAGGAGACAGAGUAAUGAAGGAUUGUGAUUGUGGACCCAGGUCGGCAGACCCCAAAGGUUUGGGGUCUCAAGUGGGCACCCCAAGAACCCAAACUCCAGUCCAAUUGGUGCAACAGCACAAGGUUUUUAUUGAAGCGACUGUACAGACGGGCAAACUCUGCUCCUAAGACCAUGAGCCGCAUCUUACUGCAGCCACAUGGGGGUUUUUAAAGGAAAAACCCACAAAAACCACAAGAUUACAAUUCCCAUACAAUUUCGUUUCACAAGAUCAUGGUCUGAUCACAGAGUGGGUACAGUCACGUCCACAUGCACAUUCUUCCUGAAACCUCAAGGAGGGUACCAGGGCGGGAGUGGAGUUUACACAAAGGUCACAGUGGUCCUUCCUGGAACACUUGCAACUAUCCCAGUCACAGUUGAGCACAUCUCUUAACAGAAAUCUUUUUACAUUGUUACAUUGUUACAGGGGUGAUUGAGUGAUGGCUGAGUCAGCUUGCCCUUGGAACUAGAUUUUUAGUUUCUCAUUUCCUGGGGCUUUGGGGGUGUAAGCCUGAAGGGUUAGGGUCUUUUAGGCAGAGCAGGACUGAGGCUGUGGAUGCCACUAUAAAAGCUCCCUUCUGGCCAGGCAGUGGUGCUGCGCGCCUUUAAUCCCAGCCCUUGGAAGGCAGAGGCAGGCAGAUCUCUGCGAGUUUGAGGCCAGCCUGGUCUACAAAGAGUUCUAGGACAGCCACAGUUACACAGAGAAACCCUGUCUCGAAAAAACAAAACAAAACAAAAUGUGCCCUCCUUUUCUCAAGUGUUGGGAAAGGUAAACAAGCCCAAAGUAAUCCAGUUUGUAGAGGAGAGACUAAGGAGAGAGGGUACGCUCUUUGGGGUACUAACCAAAUAGGAAGGUGAUGAUUCCACACUUAGUGUCUCAGCCCUCCCCUUCAGGUACCCCACGGUCUGGGGUCUCCUCUCUCUGACCUGCUCACACAUUUGCUGUCAUCCUCUGUAGCUCUGGGUCCCACUCUCCUGGCAACACACCCCUGUGUGCCCGCAUACGGCCUGCACACCCCUGUGUACCCGCAUAAGAUCUGGCCAGUGCUUACCCUGUCAGCCCUGGCCUCACAAACGUCUUCUGCAUUUUAAAUCUCUUUUGGAACAGGGUCUCCUGGCCCAGACUGGCCUGGAACUCUGUGUAGCCCAGGAUAGCUUUGUCCUCCUGAUCCUCCUGUCUCUGACUCCGGAGUGAUGGUGUGAACACCAUGCCUGGAUCUUCUGCAGAGUUCAUCCAGUCUUCGACUCCUCCCUAGAAACUCUGCCCAUUCCCUCAAGUCAUGUGGGUUCUGGGGAUUAACCCGAGGUCGUCGGGCUUGGCAUCACGUGCCUUUAUUGAGCCGUCUCAAAGGCCCCCACAUACUCUUUUAAAUUUAAAUUUUUAUAUCCAGCUUUUUUGUUUUGAUUUGCCUUGAGACAGGGUCUCACAAUAUUGACUAGGCUGGCCUCACACUCACAGAGAUCCACUUAUCUCUGUUGCCCAAGCACUGGGAUUGAAUGUGUGUGACACCUAGUGUCCUGUUUUGUUUUGGUUUUUUUUUAUUGUUGUUGUUGUUUGUUUAUUUUUUGUUUUUGUUUUGUCUUGUCAACUUGACACAAUCUGGAGUUAUCUGGGAAAAGGAACUUCAAUUGAGAAAAUGCCUCCACCAGCUAUCCUGUAUACAAGCCUGUAAGGCAUUUUCUUGAUUAAUGAUCAAUGUGGGGGUGCCACCCCUGGGCUGUGGUCCUGAGGUGGAGAAGAAAUCGGGCUGAGCAAACCAUGCAGGGCACCAACUGCAGCCCCCAGGUCCCUUCCUGAUUCUGCUCUGACUUCCCUUGGUGACAGAGUGUGUCCUGGAAACUGGAAACUGCAACAAAGCCUUCCCUUCCUAAGUUGUUCUUGAUCAUGGUGUCUAUCACAGCAACAGAAACCUUACUGAGCCUACCCAGCCUUUUCAAAGAUUCAUUUCUAUUAUUUCUAACUAUGUGCAUGUGUGUCUCUGUGCAGGUAUGUGCAUGUGAAUGCAGGGUUAGUUAGAUCUCCCUGGACUGGAGUUACAGGCAAUAAAUAAUGAGUCUCCUGACAUGGGUGCUAGGGAUCGAACUGUCCUCUGGGAGAUCUGAAUGUGCUCCCUCCCCAGCCUUUUUGUUUUUAGAUUUAUUUAUUUUUAUUUUUAUGUGGGUGGGUGUGUUGCCUGCACGUUUGUCUGUGCACUGUGUGCAUGCCUGGAGUCCUCGGAGGCCAAAAGAGGACAUCGGAUCUCCUGGAGCUUAAGUUACGGAUGUUUGUGAGCUGCCUUGUGGGUGCCGGAAAUCAAACAUGGCUCAUAUGUAAGAACGGCAUGUGCUCCUAACUGCUGAUCCAUCACUAUUGGGAUUAUAUCGUUAGCAAUCCAUGGAGUCUAUUUAAUGAGCAAAGGAAUUCAUUUGGGGGUUAACUCACAAGACAGAUUAUAAAGGAAUUUGUUGCAGGAUCUUGGCACGGUCCAGUGCUGUUCUCAGGUGAGCUCUGCCCUGGUCCGUUCCAGCCUCCAAAACCACGAGGUAGUGAAGAGAAGAGUGUUUUUGUGCAUCCCAGGUCUUAAGGAUCCCCCAGUGGCCACGCCCCAGGGGCAUGUACCUCAAGGUCAUAGGCAGGUGUAACAGUCACCUGCUACCUCACGGUGCUUCUGGGCAUGGCUCAAACAGUCACCCACUACACAUCUCUCCAACUCCAUGCCCAGCUUGUUAAAUGAGGAUUUUUGGGAAUCAAAAUUCAGGAGCUCAUGCUUGCAUAGCAAACUAACAUUUUAUCAUCCGGGCUCUCUCCAGCCCUUGGCAGGCAUCCUUUAAAGUAAGCGUACACUCCAGGCAUCAUGGAAUCUGACUACAAUUCUAACAUGUAGAGAGCAGAGGUGGGAGACUCACUACAAGCUCCAGGACAGACUAGUCUAUGCACACAGGUAAACACGGAGUCCAGAUCAGCCAGGGCUGUAUAGUAUGACCCUGAGGAGAGAGGGGA